AUGGAUAAAGAUUUCAUGUCUCGUUUUAUGUCAACGUGUCCGCAACUCGACGUGUGUAUGGGUGGGGUUAAUGUGCCUUGCCUGGUGGAUACUGGUUCCAUGGUGUCCACCAUUACAGAGAGUUGUUUCUUGACAAAUUUUGGGUCAUGGGGUCAGGAACAGCUUAGGCUAUGCCACUGGUUACAGCUCCGGGCCGCAAAUGGCCUCUCAAUUCCAUACAUUGGUUAUUUGGAGCUUGAUGUACAGCUUUGCGGGCGAGUAGUCUUGGGUUGCGGAGUGCUGGUGGUCAGAGAUCCCCCGGGUGGGUUGUGUGCUCAGGUUCCUGGUGUUCUAGGAAUGAACAUCCUGAGCCGCUGCUACCAGGAGCUCUUUGGCCAGCAUGGCACGAGUCUUUUCGAUUUGCCAGUCGUGUCACAAGCCCCUAUUUCUGUUUUCCAGGCUUUACAGCAUUGCCAUCAUAUUGAAGUCCAGCCAGUUUUAGAUAAGGGGGGUCGAGUCAAGGUGCGUGGACGUCAGGCGUGUCGCAUCCCAGGGGGCACCAUGAAAUUGGUUGCCGUAACAUGCUUUGCACAGUACUCAAGUGGUACGGUUCUGUUUGAGCCACCAGAUUCUGGUCUUCCAGCAGGUUUGUUGGCAUCUCCUGCAUUAGUCCAGGUGGACCGUGGUACGGCCUGUGUCCCUGUUGUUAAUGUAGGCACUGGGGAUGUCGUACUAUAUGCUAGCACGGUCGUAGGUACUGUCAACCACGUUUAUAUUGUUAGCUUGCCCCCAGAGGUUACUGAAGUUCAGGAGGUUUCAGCUAGGGUGAGUACACAAGUGGUGCAGGCUUUACCGUCUGUAAAGGAGCAGAUCAGGGCAAUAGAUUUGUCUGCGUUGUCGGUAGAGGGACAAGGUAGGGUUAGGGCUUUACUUGAAGAUUAUUCAUCUGUGUUUUCCAUACAUGAUGGGGAUUUGGGAUGUACCAAUCUCCUCUCCCAUGACAUUCCUUUGCUAGAUGAGAUCCCUGUGCGGCAGCGGUAUAGGCGCAUUCCACCGUCUGAGUACGAGGUAGUGAAGGCACACAUUAACCAACUUCUUGAGGCCCAAGUAAUUAGAGAGAGCUGCAGCCCAUACGCUUCACCCAUCGUCUUGGUCAAGAAGAAGGACGGUAGUCUGCGCAUGUGUGUAGACUACCGUCAUUUAAAUUCUAAGACCAGGAAGGAUGCUUUUCCUUUAUCCCGUAUUGAGGAGACGUUGGACUCGCUGGCAGGGGCAUGUUGGUUUUCUACCUUGGACCUUGCCAGCGGGUACAAUCAGGUCCCUGUGAGUGAGGCAGAUAGACCUAAGACUGCUUUUUGUACUCCAUUUGGGCUCUUCGAAUGGAACAGGAUGCCGUCUGGGCUGUGUAAUGCCCCCAGCACCUUCCAAAGAUUAAUGGAAAGGUUGUUUGGAGACCAACAGUGCCAGUCUCUUCUCUUGUACCUGGAUGACAUUGUGGUGUUUUCCUCUUCAGUUGACCAACAUCUAGCUCGGAUGGAGGUGGUUUUAAGCCGGUUAUUGGGGGAAGGUCUGAAGGCUAAGUUGUCCAAGUGUGCCUUCUUUAAACGUGAAGUGCAGUACUUGGGUCACGUGAUCUCAGCAGAAGGGGUCUCCACAGACCCAGGUAAGGUUGAGGCGGUUUCUCAGUGGCCUCAGCCAACUAGUGUUGCAGGGUUGCGGUCAUUUUUGGGGUUUGCUAGCUAUUACCGUCGUUUUGUGGAGGGGUUUGCGAGGCUGGCUGCUCCCCUCCACAGGUUGGUGGCGGAGCUAGCAACCCCAAAGCGGUCAAGGUAUGCAUCCCGGGAGUUUGUAGAAGCCUGGACUAUGGAGUGUCAGAGUAGCUUUGAGCAGUUAAAGGGUAAACUUACCUCAGCCCCCGUGCUCGCUUAUGCUGAUUUCUCCCUCCCUUUUAUCUUAGAGGUGGAUGCCACAGGGGGGCUAGGGGCGGUCCUCUCACAAGAACAGCAAGGUAAGGUGCAUCCCAUAGCUUAUGGUAGUCGAGGUCUGAGGCCCACUGAGCGCAAUACAUCUAACUACAGUUCUAUGAAACUUGAGUUUCUCGCGCUCAAGUGGGCCAUGACGGAAAAGUUUCGGGAGUACUUACUGGGACAUAAGUGUGUAGUCUACACCGAUAAUAACCCUCUUAGCUACCUGACCUCAGCCAAGUUGGGGGCCAUGGAACAGCGGUGGGCUGCCCAGUUGGCAGCCUUUGACUUUGAGCUUAAAUAUAGAUCAGGUAAGAGCAACCGCAACGCUGAUGCCCUGUCCCGUCAAAAUCUUCCUGUGAUGGAGGAAGUUCAGGAUUUGUACCCAGGCAAAGCUAUUCCAGUUGCAUUGCGCCAAGCUACCAAAGGUGGAUUAGUGACUCAGGUAAACCAAAUUGUGUCCUUUCCUGCUGGUUCCACCAGUGAUAUGUCUAUUCAGCAACAGGCCGAUUCAGUCAUCGGAGAGCUGUUGGUGUUUUGGAGGCGAAAAUUGCCACCCAGUUCUGAGGAGCGGAAGAGACUGUCCAGGUCUGCUGUGAUCUUGCUCCGGCAGUGGGAUCGCCUGGUGGAGAAGGAGCAGGUGCUUUAUCGUCGGGUGUUUCGCCCAGAUGGUGGGGAGGAGGUCCUCCAAGUGUUAUUGCCGACAGCCCUGAAGACAGAAGUGUUGACGCAACUGCAUCAACAUCAUGGGCACCAGGGAGUAGAGCGCACUACUCAGUUGGUGUGGCAGCGAUGUUACUGGCCGGGGAUGUCCUCGGACAUUGCUCGCUGGUGCCAUGAGUGUGAGCGGUGCCAGUGUGCCAAGGGUGUCCAAUCCGCUCCUGUUGGCUUCAUGGGGCAUUUGUUGGCUGCAAGGCCAAAUGAGAUCCUGGCUUUGGAUUUCACAGUAUUGGAGCCCUCGAACUCUGGUCUCGAGGAUGUGUUAGUCAUGACCGAUAUUUUUACGAAGUACACCCUGGCUGUACCCACUAGAAACCAACGAGCUGAAACUGUGGCUCAGGUCUUGGUGGUCGAAUGGUUUUCUAAAUUUGGGGUGCCUGGUCGUAUCCAUUCGGACCAAGGUCGAAACUUCGAGUCAGCCCUCAUUCAGCAGCUGUGUCACUUGUACGGUAUUGAAAAGUCACGUACUACCCCAUACCACCCUGCUGGAAACGGCCAGUGCGAACGUUUCAAUCGAACAUUGCACAAUCUGUUGCGCACCUUGCCAGUGUCAAAAAAGGGUGAUUGGCCAUCUUGUCUUCCCCAGGUAUUGUUUGCUUACAAUACGACUCCCCACCAAGCCACAGGGGAGUGCCCCUAUUUUUUGAUGUUUGGGCAGGAGCCUAGACUUCCAGUCGACUUCCUGCUUGGUAGGGUUGAAGAGCCGCUGGCAGGUAGUGUUCAUCGAUGGGUCCUGGAGCAUCAGGAUCGUUUGCAAGUGGCAUUUGAGGGUGCUCGUGAGCGGUUGGGGGCUGCGGCUGAACGCCGAAAGGUCAGGCAUGACUUACGAGUAAGGGCAUCACCACUGAAGGAGGGUCAGUUGGUAUAUCUCCGCGAUUAUAGCGUGAGAGGUCGACAUAAAAUCCACGACCUGUGGAGCUCAGUGGUGUACCAGAUCUUGAAGACCCCUAAAGAAGGAGGUGUGGUGUAUACAAUUGCCCCCACCACAGAUUUACAUAAAUUAAAGCAUGUGCACCGAUCUUUGCUAAAGCCUCAGAUUGGCAGUAACCCCUCUCCCAUCUUGCAGGAUGUUCCAGUGGUGGAACCUGUGCAGCCUCGGGAAGAGGAGUUAGAUGAGGGAGACUUGUUUGUCCUGGUGCCUGAGACACCGCAGGCUAGUGUUAUGCAGACACCUUGGAGUAUCACUCAGUCUGUCCCUCGGGGGUCGGUUGAAGCCCAGGGAGUAGAAGGAAUUCCAGACGCUGAGGUGAGUGUGCAACCGGUAACGGGCCCUCCUUCAGAUUCCGCUGUGACUGGUGAGAGCAUGAUUAGAAGAACUGGAAGAAGUACUGCCGGGCAGCACUCUAAUGUAUACCAUCUCCCACGGUCAUUGGGGCUAGGUACAGUGUCUAGUGUAGUGGGUAGUACAGCUGUUGCUUUGUUCCGUCCUUGGGACUGGCUGUCGGCAAUAACACUUGGAGGACCUCCUCCCCACCAUCUGGGCGAAACACCCGACGAUAAAGCACCUGCUCCUUCUCCACCAGAGCUGUUGGUGUUUUGGAGGCGAAAAUUGCCACCCAGUUCUGAGGAGCGGAAGAGACUGUCCAGGUCUGCUGUGAUCUUGCUCCGGCAGUGGGAUCGCCUGGUGGAGAAGGAGCAGGUGCUUUAUCGUCGGGUGUUUCGCCCAGAUGGUGGGGAGGAGGUCCUCCAAGUGUUAUUGCCGACAGCCCUGAAGACAGAAGUGUUGACGCAACUGCAUCAACAUCAUGGGCACCAGGGAGUAGAGCGCACUACUCAGUUGGUGUGGCAGCGAUGUUACUGGCCGGGGAUGUCCUCGGACAUUGCUCGCUGGUGCCAUGAGUGUGAGCGGUGCCAGUGUGCCAAGGGUGUCCAAUCCGCUCCUGUUGGCUUCAUGGGGCAUUUGUUGGCUGCAAGGCCAAAUGAGAUCCUGGCUUUGGAUUUCACAGUAUUGGAGCCCUCGAACUCUGGUCUCGAGGAUGUGUUAGUCAUGACCGAUAUUUUUACGAAGUACACCCUGGCUGUACCCACUAGAAACCAACGAGCUGAAACUGUGGCCCAGGUCUUGGUGGUCGAAUGGUUUUCUAAAUUUGGGGUGCCUGGUCGUAUCCAUUCGGACCAAGGUCGAAACUUCGAGUCAGCCCUCAUUCAGCAGCUGUGUCACUUGUACGGUAUUGAAAAGUCACGUACUACCCCAUACCACCCUGCUGGAAACGGCCAGUGCGAACGUUUCAACCGAACAUUGCACAAUCUGUUGCGCACCUUGCCAGUGUCAAAAAAGGGUGAUUGGCCAUCUUGUCUUCCCCAGGUAUUGUUUGCUUACAAUACGACUCCCCACCAAGCCACAGGGGAGUGCCCCUAUUUUUUGAUGUUUGGGCAGGAGCCUAGACUUCCAGUCGACUUCCUGCUUGGUAGGGUUGAAGAGCCGCUGGCAGGUAGUGUUCAUCGAUGGGUCCUGGAGCAUCAGGAUCGUUUGCAAGUGGCAUUUGAGGGUGCUCGUGAGCGGUUGGGGGCUGCGGCUGAACGCCGAAAGGUCAGGCAUGACUUACGAGUAAGGUCAUCACCACUGAAGGAGGGUCAGUUGGUAUAUCUCCGCGAUUAUAGCGUGAGAGGUCGACAUAAAAUCCACGACCUGUGGAGCUCAGUGGUGUACCAGAUCUUGAAGACCCCUAAAGAAGGAGGUGUGGUGUAUACAAUUGCCCCCACCACAGAUUUACAUAAAUUAAAGUAUGUGCACAGAUCUUUGCUAAAGCCUCAGAUUGGCAGUAACCCCUCUCCCAUCUUGCAGGAUGUUCCAGUGGUGGAACCUGUGCAGCCUCGGGAAGAGGAGUUAGAUGAGGGAGACUUGUUUGUCCUGGUGCCUGAGACACCGCAGGCUAGUGUUAUGCAGACACCUUGGAGUAUCACUCAGUCUGUCCCUCGGGGGUCGGUUGAAGCCCAGGGAGUAGAAGGAAUUCCAGACGCUGAGAUUUCGCUGUGA